GGAGGAAAUGCAAGCUGAGCCGAGAAAGGAGGUUGACUGCAUGGAGUUACAAGACUUCUUUAGUUAUUGGGACUAUAUUUAAAACAGUGCGGAGAGAGGCAUCCUACCGCGCGGACAUGACCGCUCAUCAUUGACUGGAAAAUGUUCAGCUUUUUUAAAAAGAAGUAUAAGGCCGAGAACGCGCCGGAAACACCCGAAGGGAUCCGAAAACGGCCGACGAAUCAAACGGCUAGACGAGGCUCAGUCGAAGCGCGCGCGCUCCCACACGACAAUGAAACGAACGACAAAUCGUCAACGCUGCAAAAAGAUGUAGUAAACUUAUUAAUCCCUGAGAUAGAUUACUCCCAGAAGACAGGAGUGAGCGCGUUACUCCAAAUAAUGGCGGGAAAAAAGAGGAGAAACCGAAGGAAAACACGCGCAGACUCGUGCCGCGUCAGUCCGCCCAAAGAGACGCAGAUGCAACGCAGGAACUCUGACACGACGCAACCUACGCCCACGCCCGCCCAAAAUACACGAGUCGAGCCGCGCUCGUCGAACGAUCCGGCCGAUUUCGUCAAAGCUCUAGUCCUGCAAAAAUACGCAAGCAAGCCAGAAACAAAACAACAACACGUGUCGUUAGUAUACGUAUCAAAUGAACCAGAAUUGGACGAGAAACGACACGCUGAAGCAUUACUACGCGAGAUAGCUCGAAGUAUAGACUGCGACAUUGAUAUAAAUGAUAAUAAACAAAUGGGCAACGGAGACAGUAAGCCUAAUGACCCGGUGUACGAACCAGUCGCUGAUGAAAACAUUGAUAACUACAAAAGCGAUCUCAAAGUCGAACUGGACAGGUUGUUACAGGACAAAGAUGAAACGAAAAUCGAUGAAAAAGAAGAUAAAGCGGAGACGGAAAGUCUAGAUUCUCCUACGAAUAAAAAGAAAUCGAAUUUGAAAAUUCCAAAAUCGGACAAUGAAGGUUGUUCUGAUGAUGACAGAUCCGAUUGUGGAAAGAAACGUGUUACAUUUAGAAAACACGUUAUUUUCGACGACGGAGAACAACAGACAGAUGAUGAAAUGAAUUCAUCUUUCGAGUCUCUUUCUUCAGAAGAAGAAGAAAAUGAAUAUCUAGAAGAUGCUUUACCAGAUAAUGAUGAACUUCUUGGUGGUGUUCUUGUGACAAGAGAAGAUGAUAAUAAAACAGUGAUAAGUGUAACUGAUGAUGAAUCUAUAAAGAUUAAAGUUGAAUGUUUCGAUGAUGGACUUAAAAGGAUUUCAAGUGAUAAUAGUGACAGUGGUUUUAUAGAGAUUAGUGAAAAGACUGAUGAGACUGAGAAAGAGUAUGCUGAAAGUGGAGACAGCGAGAGUGAGAGUGAAGAAGAAAUUGUAGAAGUUAUAGAAGAAGAGAUUGCAGAAAGUAAAGAUUCAAGAAGAGUCGAGAAUGAAACAACAAAUGACGAGAAGACGCUGGUGUCACAAGAGAACAAGUAUCAAAACCAAGUGGACGCGCUAACUGAGCUCGCAGAAACAAGAUGCCAGGAAGCGGAGAGAGCGAGAGAUCUGAUUGUGUCGUACAGAAAAGAGAUUGAAGCUAAGGAUCUGGAAAUUGAACAAUUGAAAUCAGAAUUAGCAGCUGCUUAUAAAGAAACAGAACUAGUUAGACAGAAGAGUCGGGCGUUAGAAGAGGAGAUUAUCGCAGCGAGGAGUCUCUCCGCAAGUCUAGCUGAUCAGUUGCAGAGGAGAAAUGAUGAAUCGGUACGACAACUCAGAUCGGAGCUGGAAGAUGCUCAGACGCGACGCGCGGAACUCGAGUCCAAACUACUAGAGUUGGAGAAGGAGAGAAAUAGAUUGGAGCAAGAGAAGGAGAUAGAAGCACAGAAAGCGAAAGAGGCUCUAUCAGCAGCAGAAGCCAGCAGUUCUAAAUGGCGCGUAGCACACGAGGCGGCGCGCUCGCAGGCGGCCGCGCGCGCCGAGAUCAUACUCGCAGACUGCGAGUGGAAGAUGAGGGAACUGGAAAAACGGGCCAGGGAUGCCGAGAAAGAGAAGAUGGAGUUAUCCCAAACAGUACAAGCCCUCCAAAACUCCAGUCACAAAGCGGAGCUGCAGCAGCUGCGAGGUCUUGUAGGGGAGCAGCAGCAUUCCCUGCAAAGCCUCAGUUCUCGACUUCAGGAGCUGCAGACCAGAGAGGAGGAGCUGCAGAUGGAGGUGCACAGACUGGAGGAACUACUAGACAGGGAAGUCAGGAACGGGAAGGUGAAGACGGAACUGCAUUUACAGGCAGUCCAAAAUCUGAAACAAGAACAUACAAAAGAGCUAGAAUCUUUGAAAGCGGAGCACGCGGCGAGCACUUCAGCGAUGACAGCGCGACUUGCGUACGAGCGCGCGGCCGCUGAGCGCAGCCGCGCCGCGCUGCUGCAGCUCAAGCAGGAGGCGGAGCACCAGGCGGACAGGAAGCUGCGGGAGGUUAAUGUUAAAUUAGAGAACCUGAAGAAGGAGCUCGCUGAGAAGGAGGCGGGCUAUGAGCGAGCACUGAGCGAGGCUCGCAGCCGCGCCGACUGGGAUGUGCUGCAACUGCGACAUUUGUUGGACAAGGCUGACAUCGCCUACGCCAAUAAUAUCGAACAGAUGACGGAAAAGUUCGAGAAGGAGAAAGAACGUCUAACAGAAGAAUGGACAGAGAAACUCCGUGUGGUAGAAGAACAGGCUGCGGUCGCCGCAGAUGAAGCAAGAAGACAACUGGAAACUACCCGCAGUAAGAUGCUGGCGGAGAGAUACGAACAGACGUCCAAACUUAAAGAACAACAUCGUAUUGAGAUGGGUAAUUCUGAGAACCAAUGGGAGCAAUUUAUGUCAGACAAGGAGAGCUGCUUGUCUCGUAUGAAGAGUGAAUGCAGGCAGGAAGGAGAGGAAGAGAGAGUACAGAGGGAGAAGGAGCUCAUGCGGGAGAUUGCAGAAUUGAAAUCUCAAAUUCAAUCGAAGAGCGUUGAAUUUGAAAAUUUGGAAGCGAAAGUGGCGAAGUGCGGUCGCACUUUGGCCGUCACAGAACAAGAACUUAGAGAGGCACUCGCACGGGAAAAAGAAGAGAGGGAAAAAAGAGGAGAAGAAGCAGUGAGACUACAGCAAGUGGAGAAAGCCGCCAGAGAACAGAUUGAACACUUAACCAGAAAAUGUGCAUGUCUGCGCAAACUUUUCGACGACAUGCGUGCGCGACUGUCAACCUGCGAACACAACGCCGACCAGGGGGCGAGAGCGAGAGAGAAAGAGAUGCAGUUUUUACGUGCAGAAGUCGCCAGACUCACAAAGAUGUUGGUGGAAGAAAGUUCACCAAAAUUAGGUGCGCGGACUCGCGCUGACGGUUGCGAGAAUUCAACCAAAUCUGAUGAAUCUUUCCUAACUAAAGCCUCGAUGACUUCAGAAGAAGAGAACGCUCCUCAACGAAAGGGAGGAACAUCUCAAAAUGGCCGCCGACGCGCCAAAAGUUGAACUCAAGACAAACAUUCUAGCUGCUUGAAUCUACUUUGGAUAAUA